CUCUCUCUCUAGCGUCUCCCUCCAGUUUCCCAUUUUUCGCUAUUUUUCUUUCACUUUCUUGGCUGAUAUUCCUGGGAAAAAGAAGGAGAAAACAUCUUAAACCAAUUACCUCAAACACCCCUGAAACAAAUAUUUUGAUGUUAUAUAUGAUACGACCCUUUUUGAAUUGAUAAUGUUCAGAUCUGUGGAUCUUCAACACUCUAUGCUUAAAAUGAUGAGAUCUUAGCCUGAGAAUAUUAUCAAAGAGAGAGAUAAUAAGCUCGUGACAAAAUCCUGAAGAGAAUACACUUUUUUUCAUCCUCGCCGCCAUUGUUGUUCUACAGUGAGCUUCGACAGCUGACACCUGUUAUCCAACAAAGUCAUCACUGCAACAUACUCAGGCUUUUUUGGUCUAUCAUCAUAGCUCUGCAACUAUUUCGCUUCAGACACAAAAGAAAGAGAGAGUGUGUGUGGUGAAUAGCUUAAUUAGGGCUUUAGCUAGAGUCCAUUGUCUCUCUCACCGGCUACUAUAUCUUCUUCUCCGGUGGAUCCUCUGAGCUUUGAGCUACACCGGAAAAAGCAUGAGAGUAGCGUUUCAAUGGAAGUCGACGACGACAUUGAUGCACACCAACAACAAGAACAACAGCAACAAACAAGCAGAAAGCUACAGAGAAUCUCCUCAGACAACAACGACAAAACCGUGAUGAGAGACUGGAACAAUCCGUCUUCACGAAUCAUUAGGGUUUCUCGAGCAUCCGGCGGCAAAGACCGACACAGCAAAGUCUUGACCUCGAAAGGGCUCAGAGACAGGAGGAUACGUCUCUCCGUCUCAACAGCGAUCCAGUUCUACGAUCUCCAAGACCGUCUUGGCUUCGACCAGCCGAGCAAAGCCGUCGAAUGGCUCAUCAACGCGGCUGCUGACUCCAUCUCCGAGCUACCUCCGAUCAUCAACACGAGUUUCGACCAGGCGCUCUCGCUCUCUAAAUCGGCUUGCAGCAGCGGCACUUCCGAGAGCUCGAUGCUGUCUUUGUCGAGGACGGAGAGUCGCGGGAAGGCGAGGGAGAGGGCUAGAGAGAGAACAGCCAAAGACAAAGACAAAGACUUGCAAAAUGCUCCUGAUCAAAGCUCUUUCACUCAGCUUCUCACCGGCGGUUUUGACGAACCGAACCGGAAUUGGAUCGGUGGUUCUUCUUCUGAUUGUUUUAACCCGGUUCAGCUCUUACCCAGCCCAUCCUCCUCCUCCUCUCUACAUCAUCAUUACAACAACAGUAACCAUCGUCAAGAGACGUCGUUGAACCAUCAUUUCUCGUUUGUACCGGAUUACAACUUUGGAAUCUCCUCUUCUGAUUCUCCCGGAGCAGCCGCCGUUAACGGAGGCUGCUACACUAGUAGGGGGACCCUUCAGUCCAAUUCACACUCUCUCUUUCUCAACAACAACAACAACAACGUUAAUCAAAGACCGAUAUCUUUCAUGGCUACACCUCCUCCUCUUGACCACCAUAACCACCAGCUUCCAGCAGCUUUUGACGGCCGGUUAUAUCUCUAUUACGGUGAAGGAAACCGGAGCUCCGACGAUAAAGGAAAGGAUGGGAGAUAGUACAGAAAAAGCUUCAUUAAUUCCAUCUUGGGAUUCAUCGUCUGUGUUGUCUCCUCAUAUGUUCUAUGUUGGGUUCCCUUCUUCCUCAGCAUCACUUUGGUUCCACUUGUUGUACUUUCUUGCUUCACCACGUAUUGUGACAACUAAUUUUAAUCAAAUCGAAUCCUAUUUUACUGAUUGUUGCUUUUCAUGUAUGUAUUUAUUUCAUUCAUACUAUAUCAUGCACAAAUAAUUAUUUUGAACGCAUGCUCUUGGUUGAGUUAAUAAGAUAUUAGUACUAUUUCUGAGUUUAGGAAUC